CUUCCUGGCAGGAGUCACACCUUCCUGGUCCAGCACACCUUGCUCAGCUGCUCUGUCACAGUGUGAAGACUGACACAUGGAGAUGAAGAUGUUACUUUGUGCUGUGCUGCUGCUCGUCUUCUCUGUCUCAGGAAACAACGCACAGUUAGAUGUUUGUGGCACCGCACCGCUCAACACGAAGAUCGUGGGUGGAGAGGACGCCCCUGCAGGGACGUGGCCCUGGCAGGCGAGUCUGCAUAGGAGCGGGCAUUUCUGUGGAGGCUCCCUCAUCAACAACCAGUGGAUCGUGACGGCUGCUCACUGUUUCUCCAGCACCAGCACGUCUGGUUUGGUGGUUUACCUCGGACGGGACACUCAACAAGGCCUGAACUUCAACGAGCAGUCCCGGACAGUGUCCACGGUCAUCAAACAUCCAGAUUAUGAUUCAGACACCAAUAACAACGACAUUACUCUGUUGAAACUGUCCUCGCCCGUGGAUUUCACCAACUACGUCAGACCCGUGUGUCUGGCAGCAAGUGGCAGUGAUUUCCAAACUGGGACAACCUGCUGGGUCACCGGCUGGGGAAAUAUUAAUAGUAAUGUUCUCCUUCCUUUCCCUCAGAGGCUGCAGGAGGUGACUGUUCCCGUCGUGUCCCAGAGUUCAUGUCGUCAAGCCUACAGUCAACUCACAAACAACAUGAUCUGUGCAGGUCUGACCGAGGGGGGGAAGGACUCCUGCCAGGGGGAUUCAGGCGGCCCCUUGGUGAGUAAAAACGACUCGAACCAAACAAAGUGGGUCCUGGCUGGAGUGGUGAGUUUUGGAAAGGGCUGUGCUGAGCCCAACUUCCCAGGAGUCUACACCCGUGUGUCUGAGUAUGAGUCCUGGAUCAACAGCCAAAUCUCCAGCGACCAGCCGGGCUUCGUCGCCUUCACCGGCUCUGGAGUGAGCGGCGCCGAUCGCACCUUCGCCCUCGCACUUCCCCUGCUGCUGUCCAUCCUUCCUGUUCUCCUCCCUCUCUUCGUCCUCUCGUAGGACGUUUGAUGAUGCCAGAUGUUCGUCAGGAAGAUUAAUGAAUAGUGUCAAAUAACCAUAAAAUCAUCCAUCUGUACAAGGUUUAUCAAAUAUUAAAGACCAAUAGAAAUUAAUUCAAUACUUUUAAAAUUCAUACAUUUAAUUAAGUUUUGUUCUAUUUGAUGAUUAAGUUCAAUCUUAAUUGGUUAUAACACAAUUUUAACUGAUCAUAAGUCACAUAAUCACUGUGGAAUAAUUUUUAAAAGUUUAACUUUAUAACUAUAACUUGAGUAAUGAUCUUUUUGUACAGGAUGCCAUCAUCAACAGUCUUUGUUCAGACGUUGACUCUUUUACCUGAAAAACAUUGAUGUCUUUUUUCUGUAUGUUGGAAUUUUCUGUGUAUAUGAAAUUUUAAAAAUUUGCACUGAAGGUAAAGUUUUAAACAUGAACCUGUGAUGUUGCAGGAGCGACACUGAAGAAGCAUCUUAACUUUUGACCUCUUUUUACUUUUACUUUUUUAUUCAUUACUGUAACUUUUAACACCUUCAGAUUAUUUUUACACUGAACAGCUGUGAUUUACUGUUUCAACAAAGCUUACAUGAAGUACGUCAUAACUAUACGGACAAAUACACCGAUUUAUAUGAUUAUAUAUUAACAGAUGAAGUCAUGUAUUAGAAACGUUUUUCAUUGUGGAUUAUAUUGGACUGGACUGUUAAAUAAAUGCUCUUGUUUCUUAACAUUUGGAGAUGAUGCUGAAUUCAUGAUCAGAGGGAUUUGUUUUAAAGUAAUCUCAUUAUCAUAUGGUAAAUGAAAAAUAAUUCAUUUUGGGGGGUUUAAUACACAAAUUGGUGGAAUUAUGUUUUUAAAAGUGUCAUUUUAAAGGGUUUAAAUACUGAAAUGAAUGCAAACUGUGUGUUAAUGACCAGGUUUAAUAAAACAAGUCACUGAAAGUGAAAAAUAAUAUUAAUUCAGUUAUAGUGUUGGAACGCAGUCGUAUUGAGGAUCCGUGUUUUACGUUUUGGUUAAAUAAAGAGUUUGAGUCUUUGUUCCUCAUCAUCA